AGAAGCCUCAAGCCAUCCUCUCAACACCGCUCCAUCCUAUCGCCAGCUUUGCCUCCAUUCAGCGCGUCCAUCACCCCGACAUAUUCGCUGCCUGAUCAUUUCCCCCUACCUUUAAACCAGAUCAUCACGACUGCGAUCCUGACACCAUGGAAGAAGAGCGCCUUUGGAAGUUUAGGAAACCCGAGUGGUUAAACAGCAUGUGGGCUCGGAACGCUGGCGUCUACGGCGCUGGAGCUCUGUUCUCCAUCGCCUUUUACGUUAUGCUCGACUCCGCCGUCUGGUCCAAGUCGGCCAAGAACGGAUCCAACGUCCACGUCAAAUUCGUCGACUGGCUACCGCUCAUCUUCUCCAGCCUAGGCAUGCUCAUCAUCAACUCGGUCGAGAAACAGCGCCUCAGCACCGACUCUUUCAGUUAUAGCGGAUCUGGUGUCGCAUGGAAGGCGCGUGUGGUCUUGUUCUUGGGGUUCGCGGCCCUUGCGGGCGGUAUGGCCGGAGGUGUCACCGUUUUUGUCCUCAAGUUCAUCGUUCCGGGCGUCGGCAUGCCGGCUCUGAGCAUGGGUAUCGAGAAUCUAGUUAGCAACGCUCUGGUCGGUUUCAGCUCUGUCGUUCUAUGGAUCAGCCAAAACAUGGAGGACGAGUACUCCUACAACCUUUCUCUGUAACUGAACUGAACCGAAUCGAACUUAAACUCUGUUGCGCGCGAAUGAAGGGGGGGGGGGCGAGUGUCGGCGCAUAUCUAUGGAUCACGGGCGUAACUUGGGGGCUCUUAGGGAGGGUCUGAAUUUUCUUUUUUUUUUUCAUCUUUUGGCAAACAAACACGUACGCACACUUUCUCGGAGCGUAGUUGAUGAUUUGAGCCCUUGUUUUCUUGUAUCAGCCGGGAUGACUAGUUUGAUGGAUCAAUUUGAACUUGCCAUGUUUAUAUAAUACGAUAAAAAGAUUCGGCAAUGCAUUGAUAUCUGUGAUUCUUUC